AUGGCCCAGACUCAACCAUUUCCAUCCAGCCCUACUCUCUUCCCUGAAUCAUUCACAAACCCAGUUUACCAUGAAUAUUCAGCUCCACAUAGUUUUCCCACUGCUAUGUUUAAGGAGUUACAGGACCAACAGAGACAUCUCGCUUCUCUCAAAGCCAGAUCCCCAAAACCGAAGCGAUCCCAUACAUCUUACCCUGUCUCCUCUCAACCUGUUUUCCAACCUACUCCUAUUUCCCUGCAAAAACCCAUGGUUCAACCUACUUUCCAGCCUUUACCUGACCAACAUACAGGACCCCCUAGUUUUGUUCCUUGGGUUCCUCCCAGAUCAAAACCUGAUACCCCUGAUUCAGCCUGCCCUGAUAUUCCUCUCCCAAAGAGUAACACCCUCAGUACGUUCCUCACUCAGUUAACCUUGAAUCCACCCAAGACCAUACCUGUCUUGUCCAUAGCCAAAGUUGCCUCUGUUACCUCCUUCUCAGACACCGACUCUUCCAUUUCUCAGAGUCCUCUUCCUACCUACCAAACCCGUCCCCCAGUGCCAGAUGGCUCCCAGGCUCCAACUGAACCCAUUGUUCACAGCAGCGACAGUGAAGUUGACACUGCACCAUAG